CCACCAUCACACCCACCACCCACCCACCAUAUCCACCCCCUCUUCUUUCUCUCCCCCUUCUCUUUCCCAAUGUGAUUUGCAUCCUGUCAUUAUGUUCUCAUCCCCUCCUCGCUCGUUUGCCCUCUAAAUGCGAUUAUAAUGUCUGAUGACAAUACGAGGGCACAACAGGCGUUCUUCGAUCAGAAGAAUAACAUCAUCCAGCGUAAGUCACCGAAUUCUCUCACAUGUGAUCCCCGAGGCAGAGGCAAAAAAACAAUUGAGCAGCCAGUACGCUGACAACCGCCUUGCAUAAACAGACGUCCUCCAUGAAGAAGAUGUGAGUUAAACAAUUGGAACAAGAUAAUGAAAUCCAGGCUAAUCAACCAUUUAUUGUUAGCUGUACAAAAUCCUAGGCGCUCGUCGAUCGGCGGCUCCCAGCGAAUUGCGACGAUGCUACCUCGAAAGAUCCAAAGUCUGCCAUCCAGAUAAACCUCCAUUCCAUCGCGAUUCCACCAGGUAAUUCUUCCUGUUCCUUCAAUUCUGAUCGCCAAUCACUGACGCAAUCACCUAGCGCAUUUCAGCGCCUCGGUUUCGCAUUCGACAUCCUCAAAUCCCCUAGCGCGCGGAGAACAUACGAUCGUGCCUCCAAGCCCACCUCCUCCUCACUCCCAGACAAAACAACCUUCUUAGGCGGCGAACACACUUUUAGAAGCGCUGUUGAGGCCAUCCUCCAGGAAUUUAUCACUGGGGAUUUUGUCAUAGUUCGACGAUGGCUGGAGUCACUCCACUCCCAAUAUCCGAAUCUCGUUAGUGAAGAGGUCGUGAUAAAUGUCGAACGUUCCUUUAUUCGCAUUCGCGAAUUGGUAUUAACUACUCGUACAUACGCUUUACUUAUUUACAUUGAAUUGGGACGCAUACAUCGAGUCCAGAAACGAUUGAUGGGAUUGGGUUAUUUGGAUGUAGUCGGUAGGGCAAGGCUUACAAUCCAUUUGGUGCGAGUCACACUUGCUGUACCGAUGCGUGUUGACCGCGCCCUGAAACAAAGGGAAGAAAAGGCGUGGAGAGCCAAAGUGGCCGGGUUACAGGCAAGAGGGAUUACCCCAACGGAAACCAUGGGACAAGCUGGAAUACUCAAUGAAAGAGUCAGCAAGGUCCUCGAAUUUAUUGUCGGCGCAGCUGGCAAAGACGAAGGCGCCGAUGAGGCGUGGAGUACCAGUAUGGGCAAAACUACUUGA